AUCGUGAUAUAGACAUGCCAUUCUUACACACGCAUUGUACCAUACAGUCAAAUGAGAAUCUGAUCAGUACCUCUUCUCACAAACACUUAGAUAACGAAGCAUUUCGAAAUGAUGAGAUUAAGUAUUUCACAACUUGGAUUUGCUAUCAUAUUUCUCACACUUCUAUUGAAUGGAGUCAAUGGUCAAAUGGGUGUUAUCUUCGAUUUGAAAAUGUUUAUUCUUGAUAUUUGGAAAACCUUUUGCUACCGACUAGUUGAUACAUGGGGCUGCUUUUUAGAUGCAUUACCAACGGAACUUGGAGGAAAAAACUCCACUUGUAUAAGUUUACCGAAGCAGUAGCUGCCAUAGCAAUGAAUUAGCAACGAGCUCACCAUGGACCUCGAUUGAGAGAAUAAUUAACGACAAAUGAGUGAGUGAUGAUGGAAUUGAUAUAUGAAAUAAAAUUCUUUCG